AUGGCUAUGGUCGUGGACGUCGUCAACAGCAAGGCAGGCAUCCCGGGUUCUGGAGACGUGCCAGUGGCCAUGACUUUCACAUCGGACCUAGCCAAGUUCGUCGCCACAGCCCUAACCCUACCAAAGUGGGAGCAGGAGACUUAUCUUACUGGCGACAAGUUGACGUGGAACCAGCUUGUCGAGCUCAUUGAAGCUGUCAAGGGUGUCAAAUCACCUUACCCUUACAUCUCAGACGAGCAGCUACAGCCGAUGAUUGCCAUCUUAGGUCUCAUGUUCGAACGUGGUGUAUUUGACUUGAGGGUUGAGACCUCCAUCAUGCAAGACUUUCCUGAUCUCAAAUUGAGGUCGAUGAAGGAGCUGCUGGAAGAGGCUUACAAGCUUAAAGUUUGA